GUGUGUUAGUCAGGCAGCGCUCGCAACGAAGUCAUUUCAACAAUUACCCAUUGAUUUUCCCAUGAGUCACUCGGUUUGGGAGGAGAAGCGUAAAUCCGACAGAACAGUCGUGUUGAGUGUGUGGCAGUGAAAGGGUUGAUGUUGGACUACCUCACAAAAGUCGGAGACAAUAACACAGGCGCUAUGACGGGUAGACAAGACCUCGCAGUAGGAGUCGCCGCCUCAGCCGCGGUGUGUGGAGCUCCGGACAAUGGGCUAUGACGUGGACCGUUUCAUAGGUAAAGUAAACGAAGGCCUGCUUUGCUGUGUGUGUCGCGACGUUCUAGAAGACCCCCAGCAAGCACCGUGUGAGCACGCGUUUUGUCGCAAGUGCAUUCUGGGCUGGCUCGAGAACGAGGCUUCCUGUCCAGAAGACCGUCAUCCAUUACGCCCGCGAAACCUACGGCCAUUGUUCCGGUACAUGAAAAACGAUCUUUUGAGGUUGCGUAUCCGGUGUAAGAAUUUCCGUAAGGGGUGUGAACACAUCAGCAAUCUGGAGACUGUAAGCAAACACGAGGAGGUAUGUCCUCAACAGCCGGUGCCAUGCCCAAACAAGGGGUGCACGUGUACCUUCUCCCCCGCAGAGCUCGAGCAGCACAUGCUGAAGUGCGAGUUCGGCAGCAGAGAGUGCACAAAGGGCUGUGGUCUGACUGUAACGACGUUGGAUGAGCGGGAACACAACUGUAUUGCCGAACUCCGGUCAAAUAUCCAACUGUUGCGGUCUGAGAUGAUUUGUCGGCUUGACGACCAGAAGAAGGAGAUGGAGUUGCGUCUGGACAUGCAGCGAUGUCACAUGGUGGCCAGGGAAGCCGCACUGCAGGCCAACAUAGACGAGCUGAAGGAAGACAUUGGAAAGAUCAACAAGAAGGUCAAGCUUCUCCUGGAGCUGGAGCUGAAGAGAAGACAGGAUCUGGAGAAGAUGCACACGGAGCGCCGUGAGCUUCUUGAGGUGUUGCGGGACAUUCAGGCUCAACAUGAGGAUUCUCAGCAGACGACAACACCGACCACCUGCAGACAUUGCAGUAACGGGAACAAGGGUGGCAAGGUCACGACCUUGUAGUCAUCCAAUAGGGGAGAUAACUCCCGUGACCUGCAGACAUUGCAGUAACGGGACAAGGGUGGCAAGGUCACGACCUUGUAGUCAUGUAACAGGGGAGAUAACUCCGGCGACCAGAGAAGGAAUGGUUAAUCUUGUUGCUUUACAACGGAUGACAGGCACAUGUGCCACUCGGAAGAAAAGGCAACAUGCAUUGAGAGUCCGAUAUAGUGCUUGAACAAAAGAUACCUCAAUGCUAUUUGGACGUGACUGAUUUGAACGAAUGUUAUUGAUACUGACGUGCAUGUUGGCGGCCGCAAUAUUCCAUCGAUAUUUGAAUCUGCACUCGUGAAUUCCGGAAGGAUUGUGUCCACGUGAUCUAAUGGAAUAUAUUUGCCUACUGCGCUUGUGUUUGUUGAAGAUAUCAGCUGUCCCUGUGUGUAACAAGAUUCCAUUCACAGUAUCGAUUAAAGUCUGGGUGCCGUGAACGCCACGACUACUUCAUGAAGUGAUGCAACAGCAUCGACACUGGUGCCUCCAGCGUCUCCAACGUCCCUUUAACGUGAAUGUUUCACAUCGCGUCACGAAACAUGUGACAGUGAUGUCUUAAGUGCUAUGGAUGUACGGCUGAAGUCUGGAUACAGCAUGGUGUCAAACAUCAUGGCAGAGACUCUGGGCCCGGGCGCACAAAGUGAACUCAGCAGUAAUGCCCCAUUAUAACCAGAUGCGUUACUCCGAUUUGAUACACUGUGGAAUGGGAGUAAAAGAUCUGAUUAUCACGAGGUUGCACUAUGCUAACCGUGGUCCUAACACUGUGAUCAUUUGUGCAGACGGGCCAGGGUUAAGAUACUUCACGGUGACAUCGACGACGCCUUUGCGGAAGUUUAAAAAAAGGUUACCAUGGUUACUGAUAUAUCUGAGGUUGCAUUAUGCUAUUGGUGGUCCUAACAUUGUGAUCAUUUGUGCAGAUGGGCCAAGGUUAAGAUACAUCAUGGUGACAUCGAAGACGCCUUUGCAGAAAUUUGAAAAAAGGUUACCAUGGUUACUGUGUCAGGCAUGUGGUGUAUCGUGUGGACAGUAUACAUACAUCGUGUCCGCAGUGUGAUAUGACUCGGUAACAUUCCUCAAACGAUGGCUGCUAUAUACUAUUUGAACAUUGGUGGUGUUUCGUUGAUUCUGGUGGUGUUUAACUCAUUUAGCAGACUGUGUCCUUGGUACACCAUGUGCAUUUAUUGUAGUCUUCCUGGAUACAAGUUCUCGUUUUUUUGUAACAUGGUUUGUUGUUUUCAAUAAUUAUCAAUUAAUGCAACCUUUCAAUUUCCGCCACUUUUACUUGAUUAUCUGAUGAACACAACUACACUACUUCUUGGCCGGUGGGAUAGCUGAGUGGUUCAAGCGUUCGCUCGCCAGGCUGAAGGCCAGGGUUCGAUUCCCAUUUCUGGUGUCCCCCCGCCGUGAUAUUGAUGGAAUAUUGCAAAAAGCGGCGUAAAACCAUACUCACUCUUUCACUCACACUAAUUCGUUGCUACUUUGUCCAUAUAUAUGGCAGCACUGAUAUGAAAUUUCAGAGCUCUAAGCUUUUGGUGCUUAAGAGCUUGCUCAAACAUACAUUAUAUUUGGGUGCUUAAAGACGGGGUUUGAUCAUCUGCCAGAAGCCACUUCCGGAAACAUUAUGUUCUGUUAACCCAACGCAUACGUCGCCGGAAGCCAGUAUAUUGUUACUAUUUUAGAUACACAAUGCAGUAAGAUAAAUAUAAAAGACUUCCAGCUCAAAGUCCUCGGGACCAUCAACAUAAUGUCGAGUUUACCGUUGUUCGAGCCAGCAGUAUCAGUGCCGAGAUUGCUGUCAGAACCAUACAGUGACAUGGGUUACCCCCGUGAAGAUCCUGCUGGUUAGAACUUGUCUUAACAAGCCGUGCUUGUCGUAAGAGGCUACUAACGGGAUCGGGUGAUGCUCCCCGUGAAGAUCCUGCUGGUUAGAACUUGUCUAACAAGCCGUGCUUGUGGUAAGAGACAACUAAAGGGACCGCGUGAUGCAUGCCAUCGUUUCCCAACAGCGUCGAUGCUUAUUAUGUCAAUCACUGGAUUGUCUGGUCCAGAUUCUAUUACUUACAGCUGCUAUAUAGCUGGAAUAUAGCUGAGUGCGGCGUUAAACAACACAUAAAGAAACAAAACAUCUAUAUCGAGUAAUGGACUUAAGUUUAUAUGUUCUAUAGUAUGUGAUGUGUAGUAUGCCUGGCACGAGGACUUGUCUAGUAUUGUUUUUGUUGUAUAUUUAGUAUUGGUCGCUUGUCUUCUGAACCAUGUGUCGAGUUUGGUGCUGUUCAUCGCCAUUGUCAUGCCAUGUGGUCAAAACUGGUCAUCCUAUAAAAACCGCUUGCAUAAUACGUAAGACCCAUACCUCCCUACAUAUUUAUUCUAUCCAAUGAGUUGUUGGCAAAUAGCAUAAUACUAUGGCUGUGAAGGUAUUAUGACAAUCAUGUUGGUAUCUGAUCUUCUCAGACAGCCAGGGGAGAAAACUCCAGGGGAAAGACGUCCCAUAUUCUCGAAGAGACUGAACGUUCGUACAACCGUAUGGUGGAAUCCUGUAUUAAAGAGAGUCCAGUUAAUGAAGGGACCGUUCUCCGAAUUAAAGGGACUCUCCUGGCUGUCUGAACAUCGCAUUUCGUCCUCCCCUGUCCAUGAGUACCUCAGGAAUAUGGCGAAAAUAUAUAUGAAAUAUUAUCCGAAAUAUCUCCCAAAUAAGAUAUUCUUUACAAGAAAUUGCCUUGACUUUUGAUGAGAAUCAUCAUUUCUUUAGGCCGCUAAGAGGUCGUUUCUGUCAGUUGCAUGCUGCCUUCAUUGUGUCCAUUUUCCUGCAGUGAAACCCCUUUAAUCUGGAAUGGUACGGCAUGACUAUAAAUGUACAAAAGGACGUACAACGAUUCAGACAUCCGGACAUUUAUUAUCCCUGGCGAUUUCUGUGGGAGCGGUACCGUCUGGAUUUUCGAGGUUUCACUGCAUAUCUCUAGAACGAUUUGAGGGUCGUCUUCUCGAAGCGACAUCAGUGGUGUCAACUUGAAACGUGGUUGGAAUAAUGUCAUAGCUACAAAGUGAAUCUAGGACGAAACACUGUUUUGGCAUGUUGAUCUGGAACAAAUAUUCAAAUAUACUCACCGCCAAAAGAAACGCGAACCAAAGAAACAUAGAGAAGUAUGUACGUUAAGAAGAGAUGUUUCCAAUGUGUACUACUUAAUGACAAAACUAACAAUCAGUCAAGUGUUACCACAUGGUGUCUUUAUUCUUAUCACGAUGUGCUGCACGUGAUUUCCAAACUUAAUACUGCACGAGAGAAAUGGUGCAUCUCAAGUCAUGGAUCUAUGACGUCACAUUUGAUGGGUUCAUGAGCGUCGGUUCAUACAACAUAACAGUAUGUUCGUUUGUGCAUCGAACCAAUCUAAUAUCUCUUGAAUAUGAUAAAGUCUUCAUAUAUUAACCAACAUGUAUGUUUUUCGGGGUUUUUUUGUGGGUGAGUAUAAUUAUAGUCACUUAAAACCGCUUCGAGAACACGACCCGGAAUGGGACAAAUGAGACGAGCAUCCUCGACAGUCGGGGGUAUUAUUUGGCACAUAAAGCCAGCAUAUAUGUUGGUGGAGACAUUAUAGCCCCGGUUGCCGAGGAUGGUAAGUACUAAUUUCCUGCCUGUAUUAAAUCAUUGGUGACAUAGCUUUACUAAUUAAUUUAACAUUCGAUGUACAUUUUACAGACAUGCAUGCCAUACCAUUGUUUCUGUAUGAAGAUAACGUUGUAUCAUAUCUCUUGGAAUAAUGUGGAACUAUGUUUCGUUAUUCAUUGUCUUGGAAUACAUAACCAAUCACGGGCCUGGGAGGUGGUGCCAUGUGAUGUAUGGAUGUUUUUGACAUGCGGCGAAAUCUAUUUUAGCAGCAGACACCAUCCGAAAGAGUUUAUGCAAGACAGCAGCAUUUUGUAUCAUUCAAUGGAUGCAUUCUGUACAUACGACUGUCUCAUUCUUGGAAAUAUAUUAUUCAAUACAAGAGUUGAUAUAA